AUGGACGCAGGAUCCCGUGAUGUCCGACUUCGAGUUCAAAGCGCUCGGUCUUCUUCUGGAUGCCAGACUUGUAAGACCCGCCGCGUGAAGUGUGAUGAGGGCCGGCCCCAGUGCCAGAAGUGUCUGAAAGGCCAAAGGAUCUGCGAAUACUCCCCUCAGGCUGCUCAGGAACCCAGCCACAAGUUCGUCAUUUAUUCCAAUACCGUUUCUAGAGAGCUGUCUAGGACGCCUGAUCUCUUCGACUCGGAAAAGCGGGCCUUGCAAUACUUCCGACAUCGAGCUGGUCUCCAGAUCACGGCGCCUUUCCAAUCAGAGCUAUGGAGAGGCUACGUAUUCCAGCUUGCCGAUCAAUAUAGCUUUGUGAUGUCAGCCCUCAUUGCACUAAGCAGCAUGCAUGAAUCCUAUUCUCGGCAGACCGAUCUUCGAGCUCGGCUCUAUAGCGAUGCCAUCCAUCACUACAACAAAACCAUCAGAGACAUAAGCCAAGCAGCAGAAGAGCAGCUACCCCUCGACGCCGUUCUCGUGACGGUGAUUCUAUUCCAUUCGUUGGAUUGUCUGCGAGGUUGCUACCACCUCGCUUUGCAACAUGCACAGUCUGGCGUCAAGAUCAUCAGUGAUGGUCUCCAAGUUCCUGGACGCCAUCCAUCAACUCAACUCAGCGAGAUUCUGUCACGCGACUUCCUUGCUCUGCAAAACCAAGUCAGAGAUUUUGGAAACUCAGAUGCGUUGAGAGCCUUUGAUGCCAUGAACGGAUUCCAGCCGGCUGUAUCAGAUAGGUUCUCAUCCGUUGAGGAAGCCGCGCAUCAUCUGGAGAUUGUGUACAAUGAGUUAUACUGUCUCUCCGAUUAUUGCAAACUCCUUCAGACUUCCCAUGUUGACCUUGCUGCGGUCUUCAUGACCGACAUCCAACCUCGCCAUGCCGCUAUCGCUGCCCGUUUCAGCAGCUGGAUAGCUGGCAUGAACCGACUUGAAGAAAUCAUCGAUGGAGAAGAAUAUGGCGAGCAGAGCGGUGCGUGGCUGAUUUUGAAAAUCUUCCAGUCGCUCUUUACUGCCAUGAUCAAGAGCUUCCCUAAUGGGGACUGCUUCGACCGAUUCGAUGUAGACCUUUCAAGGGCGUUGGAACUGGCAGAGAUCUUCCUCAGACGUCAGGACCAUCCAACUAAUAGUGAUCAAAGCACAUUUUCAAUGUCGCUCGGUGUCAUCCCGGUACUUUUUGUCAUUGCCUGGCGAUCUAAUGACCCGUUCAUCCGAGGCAAGAGUCUAGAACUACUAGAGCUAAGUGACAGAAGAGAGGGGGUUUGGGACAGCAAAGUGGCACUGAAACUCGCACAGCGAUAUUCGAUGGUGAGGGACCGAUUCCUCUAUGUCCAAGGUGAGAGAGUCGGUCACAUGCAGAUCCAUGACAUUAUAUUCCAGUCAGAGACAAUGUGCCAAUUGACAUGCACGAUCGUGGGGCCACAUACUCUACCGUCGGGCGAGUUUAUGCCAUUUGAAGGGGUGGCUGGUGAACGCAGGUUCAUCGAGACCAUACAGCUAGAGGAAAGAUUAGGGCAUUGA